GUUGAAUGCCCUGAUGAAGCUUGCAGGGUUCAGUUCCUCCAUUAAGGUUCAGAACCACUGAGCCUUCAGGCUUCAAGCUGCCGUGUGAUGAGGAAGUGGAAUACUGGAUGUAACAGCAUGUCCUUUGUGAUUUGGCACGCAGCCGAAGACUGAUCCGUGGGUAAGUUGUCCCGCCCAAACAGGUUCAACCAGAUCAAGUAAAGAAAAAAAACUCUCAGGUCAGACUCUGAUGUCUUAGUGAAUGUUUGUAUUUAAUAUAAACUCUUCACAACAUUUGUUAGAAAGGUUUCUGCUUCAUCACGUGUUCCCUACUAGUCUACAUGUAGAAGACCAGGUGACAAAGAGGGAUGUUCACGGGUCCAAACUACAGCAUCCAUUUUGUUGUCGUAGCAACUCUUUACAAGGUGCUGGUUUUGAUCCUGAAAGACUCUUGUUUGAGCAGUGAGGAGGAUUCUGUUCACGAGGACCUUUGACCUUGUUAACACAUCUCAGACUGACACUCACUCAACCAGUCGCACUGCAUACUGUGAGGGUGACAUGAGGACACACCCUCCCUGAUUGAGAACAACAAGCCGCGUCACUUCACUCCGUCUGAUGGAAGCUGAAGUGAAGCACGGAGCUCCUUUUCUACACGGACCUGCUGAGGACAAAAGGGAGCUGCACACUGAGGAAGUUCAUGUCUACAAUAUCACAGGUUGUUUUAAAGGUGUGAAAGUGUGGACUCUGCUAUGAAUCCGUCUGAGGACCCGGAGGAGGGAGUCCCUCCCUCUGAAUCCCCUCUGUGUGGGGAACAUGACAGCCAGACCAAAGCUCAGAGUUCAGGAAAGUCUCCCGAACCCAGAUGUGUGUCCAUGAAGAGUAAUCAGUCUAUUGAUCAUCUGGUUAAUUUCAAAGAUGAACGCCAUUCUUAUAACUCAGAAGAGGACCUGGAGAGCUCAGAGGUUCUCACAGGUCAGUCUGCCCAGCAUCCUCAAACACACCUGGACUCCAUCUUUAUGCUGCUGGAGAAGAACAUCCUCACUUUUGUGAAGAACGAGCUGAAGAAGAUCCAGAAGAUUGUGAGUACAGAUUACCCAGAAUGUUCAGAGAAAGAGGAUGAUGAGCUGCAGGAUGAAGAGCAGAGGACGACCAGAGACGCAUUUGUGAAGAUCUCAUUGCACUUCCUGAGGACAAUGAAGCAGGAGGAGCUGGCUGACCUACUGCAGAGCAGACUUCGUGCUCCAGUUUGUCAGCGUGAACUCAAAUCCAACCUGAAGAAGAAGUUCCAGUGUGUGUUUGAGGGGAUCGCUAAAGCAGGAAAGACAACCCUUCUGAAUGAGAUCUACACAGAGCUCUACAUCACAGAGGGAGGGACUGCAGAGGUCAAUCAAGACCAUGAGGUCAGACAGAUUGUAACAGCAUCCAGGAAACCAGCCACACCAGAAACAACCAUCAGACAAGAAGACCUCCUCAAAGCCUUAGCUGGAGGAGAGGAACCAAUCAGAACAGUGAUGACUAAGGGAGUGGCUGGCAUUGGGAAAACAGUCUUAACACAGAAGUUCACUCUCGACUGGGCUGAAGACAAAGGCCACCAGGACAUACAGUUCACAUUUCCAUUCACCUUCAGAGAGCUGAAUGUGCUGAGAGAGAAGAGGUUCAGCUUGGUGGGACUUGUUCAUCACUUCUUCAGUGAAACCAGAGCAGCAGGAAUCUGCAGGUUUGAAGAGUUCCAGGUUGUGUUCAUCUUUGACGGUCUGGACGAGUGUCGACUUCCUCUGGACUUCCACAACAAUGAGAUCCUGACUGAUGUCACAGUGUCGGCCUCAGUGGAUGUGCUCCUCACAAACCUCAUCAGAGGGAAGCUGCUUCCUUCUGCUCGUCUCUGGAUAACCACACGACCUGCAGCAGCCAAUCAGAUCCCUCCUAAGUGUGUUUGUAUGGUGACAGAGGUCAGAGGGUUCCCAGACCCCCAGAAGAAGGAGUACUUCAGGAAGAGGUUUAGAGAUGAGGAGCAGGCUGGCAGGAUCAUCUCCCACAUUAAGACCUCACGGAGCCUCCACAUCAUGUGCCACAUCCCAGUCUUCUGCUGGAUCACUGCUACAGUUCUGGAGGAGGUGAUGAAGAUCAGAGAAGGAGGAGAGCUGCCCAAGACCGUGACUGAGUUGUACAUCCACUUCCUGGUGGUUCAGUCCAAAGUGAAGAUGGUGAAGUACGAUGGAGGAGCUGAGACAGAUCCACACUGGAGUCCAGAGAGCAGGAAGAUGAUCGAGUCUCUGGGAAAACUGGCCUUUGAUCACCUGCAGAAAGGCAACCUGAUCUUUUAUGAAUCCGACCUGACAGAGUGUGGCAUCGAUAUCACAGCAGCCUCAGUGUACUCGGGACUGUUCACUCAGAUCUUUAGAGAGGAGAGAGGACUGUACCAGGGCAAGGUGUUCUGCUUCGUCCAUCUGAGUGUUCAAGAGUUUUUGGCUGCUCUUCAUGUCCAUCUGACCUUCUUCAGCUCUGGUCUCAAUCUGCUGUCAGUAGAACAAACAACGUCCCUAAAAGUCCCAAAAGUCUUUGGAGAUAAACAUAAACCAAAACAUCUCUACCAGAGUGCUGUGAACAAGGCCUUGGAGAGUCCUAAUGGGCACCUGGACUUGUUCCUCCGCUUCCUCGUGGGUCUGUCACUGGAGACCAAUCAGACUCUCUUACGAGGUCUCCUGACACUGACAAGAAAUCACUCACAGACCAAUCAGAGGACAGUCCAGUACAUCAAGGAGAAGAUCAGUGAUGAUGUGUCUCCAGAGAAAAGCAUCAAUCUGUUCCACUGUCUGAAUGAACUGAAUGACGGUUCUCUAGUGGAAGAGAUCCAAAAGUCCCUUAGUUCAGAACGUCUCUCAAGAGAUAAACUGUCUCCUGCUCAGUGGUCAGCUCUGGUCUUCAUCUUACUGUCAUCAGAAGAAGAUCUGGAGGUGUUUGACUUGAAGAAAUACUCUGCUUCAGAGGAGGCUCUUCUGAGGCUGCUGCCAGUGGUCAAAGCCUCCAACAAGGCUCUACUGAGUGGCUGUAACCUCUCACAGAGAAGCUGUGAAGCUUUGUCCUCAGUUCUCUGCUCCCAGUCCUCUAGUCUGAGAGAGCUGGAUCUGAGUAACAACGACCUGCAGGAUUCAGGAGUGAAGCAGCUGUCUGCAGGACUGGAGAGUCCACACUGUGACCUGAAGACUCUCAGGUUGUCAGGCUGUCUGAUCACAGAGGAAGGUUGUGCUUCUCUGGCCUGUGCUCUGAGCUCCAACCCCUCCCAUCUGAGAGAGCUGGACCUCAGCUACAAUCAUCCAGGAGACUCAGGAGUGAAGCUGCUGUCAGUUAGACUGGAGGAUCCACAGUGGAAACUGGAGACUCUCAGGGUGGAGCCUGCUGGAGUCCGAUGGUUGACACCAGGUCUGAGGAAGUAUUCCUGUGAACUCACAAUCGACACAAACACAGUAAACAAACAACUCAAACUGUCUGACAACAACAGGAAGGUGACAUGUGUGAUGGAGGAUCAGUCAUAUCCUGAUCAUCCAGACAGGUUUGACUACUGGCCUCAGCUGCUGUGUAGAACGGGUCUGACUGGUCGCUGUUACUGGGAGGUCGAGUGGAAAGGAAAAGUUAUAAUAUCAGUGAGUUACAGAGGAAUCAGGAGGAAAGGACGCAGUGCAGACUGUUUGUUUGUAAUGAAUGAUCAGUCCUGGAGUCUGAUCUGUUCUGAUAAAGGUUACUUUGUUUGUCCCAAUAAGACAAGAACACCGAUCACCUCCUCCUCCUCCUCCUCUGGUAGGGUAGCAGUGUAUGUGGACUGUCCUGCUGGCUCUCUGUCCUUCUACAGAGUCUCCUCUGAAACACUGAUCCACCUCCACACCUUCAGCACCACAUUCACUGAACCUCUUUAUCCUGGGUUUGGUUUUGAGUUUGGGUUUGGGUAUGGGUCCUGCUCCAGUUCCGGUUCCUCAGUGUCUCUAUGUUCUCUGGAGGAGGGAGGGUCUCCUCCUGGUGGAGAACCUUCCUCUCUCCUCACCACAUAGUUCAGUCUGUACAGGACGACACACAGCUGAUGUUGGUUUGCGUGGAUGUAGAUGCAGGUAAAGCAGGUGAAGCAGGUGAGGGGUAUCUGAGCUGGUCUGGACUCUGGGGGGUCCAGAGCUUUCUGGGACUUGUGGUGUUGCAGAUGGAAGUCUGAUAUGAAGUGUGUUUUAAUGUUGCUGUGCUCGUUGCCUCUGUGGUUGGAAUCAAUAGAUCAGGGGUUCGGAGAGGGGGAGGGGGGGGGGGGGGGGGGGGUAGUACGAGCCUCUCAUCUGAUGGAGGAUGAGAUGGAGGAAACUGUCAUGUAAUCCCUGUUGUCCCUGUUGAUAAGUGGUUUGAAGAUGGAUGGAUGGAGGUUUGUUCUGAACAAGAACCUUUUGAAAGCUUCAGCUAACCUCUGAAGAAAAGAUGAUAAUAGAUAAUUUCAGGUCCUGUUUUUAUUAACGUUAAUAUAAAAGUACGUUUAGGACCUCCAUGUAUUACUUUGGGUUAACAAGGAAUAUAAUUGUAUGAGUCUAAUCUUAAUAAAUUACUUUUAUUGUAAA